GCCGCGGCCCCCGAGCCGCGUCAUGGCCGCCGCGCGGGUGCUGCUGCUCCUGGCCGGGCGCCCCGUGUCGCCGAGCUUCGUGCAGAGUGUGUGUCGCCUCCUGGGCGCCGGGCCAGGGCUCGGGCCGUGGCCCACGCACUGCAGCUUGAAGCGAGGACGACUCGUCCUCUCGGACGGCCCGUUCCCAGGCGCUUCGACCAGGCUUCCACUCCAGCGACCCCCUUUCUGCCCUUUUGUGGCACUGGACCAGCAGCAGCUCAGGGCUCCGGGGGCCGAGCUGCCCACGAAUCGAGGUGUGGAUCUGGGUGUGGCCGUCAUGCUGCAGUCCAGCGACCAGACUGUCUUGUUAACCCGAAGGACACGCACCCUCAGCGUUUCUCCCAACCUCUGGGUACCCCCAGGUGGACACGUGGAACUUGAUGAAGAGCUGUUGGACGGAGGGCUUCGAGAGCUUUGGGAGGAGAGUGGACUACAGCUGCCCCAGGGCCAGUUCUCUUGGGUCCCUCUGGGGUUAUGGGAGUCUGCCUACCCCCCUAGGCUGAGCUGGGGUCUCCCCAGAUACCAUCACAUCAUUCUCUAUCUACUCGUGGUCUCCCAGGAAUCACAGCAGCAGCUGCAGGCCCGGAUCCAACCAAACCCAAGCGAGGUGAGCGCCUUUAUGUGGCUGGGACCAGAUGUAGCAGCUGCAGUGGCUGCCACAGAGGAUGGGACAGAGACACCCAGACAUCUCCCCCAGGAGCUACCACCCUCCGUCCUUACGGCAGAACUAGAGGAGGACGGAGGAGCUCGACCCCUGGCCUUGCCCGUGUCCACGCUGCUGCGGACGACCCCAACCACAGCUGAAGGCAAAGAGAGAGUCAGCUCUGGGACCAAGUUUGCCCUCAGGCUCUGGCUGCAACAUCUGUGCAGGUAGAGCCGGGAUGGCAGCUGAGGUGACAGGACAGUGCUUUUUGGUCGGGGGCAGGUCCUCCUCAUCUGAUGAACUCUCUAUUGUCAAGUCAAUAACUUCAACCUUCUUCUUAUUCUCGGAUGGAUUGCCCUCUUGGACGGGGCUGUACUGGAGGCCUGCGGGUGGUAAGAGGACUGUGUCUCAGAGACGAGGCCAUCUGAGAUGUAGUUCAGCUCGGGGAGGGGGGUCACUCACCAUCCAGCCCAUACCCUGGCGGGGGGCAAACCUCAGAUGCCUCCUUCUUGGGUUUCAUUGGGCACCAGGAUCCAUCUUCCAUGAACUGGAUCUCAUCACAAUCCGAACAGGAAUUAAGUAUCUCCAUGAAUAAGCUGGGGGAAGGGGAGAGAAUGGGAAUUCAUGGGGCUGGGAGAUGGCUGGGAACAGUAGCCGGGGAGUUCUGGGACUCACCUCUCUGAACCUGUUUCCUUGUCUGUAAAAUAAGGACAUUAUUCACUCUACUCAACUCUCUUGAGGUGUCAGAAUCAAA